AGGAAUUGAAACUACAAAAUAAGCCUUUGUUUCAUUUUCUGUUGCUCCAGCACGUAUAUGUGACUCCUUUACCCUUCGGUUUUAUUAGAUAAAGGUGUUCAGCUAUGGGUGACUCUUCUCCAAACCCCUUGGUGUUGAUCGGUAUGGGCACUAGCAUUGCCUUCUCCGGUUUGUUUUAUAAGCUCUACCGGGAAAAGAAGGAGGAGAUAAAAAUGCUCAAGAAAAUCCCAGUUUUCAAACCUGAUGAUCAUUUACUUAAAGUGCUGAACGCAUCUUCGCACAAACGACUCCAGUAUGUUGCUGUUGAAGGCGUUGUUCAGGCUGAUGGGGAGGUCCUGCAAAGCAAAUUUGUCCCUCGAUGCCAUGGUGUGAUUCAGAAGGUUGUGGUGGAAGAGCGCUGGAAAUACUGGAACUAUCUCACCAGGACUUGGAACUCCCGGACAAUCAACAAGAAUGAGACCAACAACUCUGUCCCCUUCAGUUUAGUCCAGCCCGGUUCUUACAUCGCCGACGUUCACGUGAAGGUGCAGAACCCCCUGGAGGCCUCGGGGUGCCACAUGGAGUGGGUUUACUCCAAAAUGAGACGCGCUCAGGAGGGUCUGGCGGAGAUGGUGGUGCAGGGUCUGAGUGGCGAGAAACCUGUGGCCAUGGUGGAGAGCGAACAGAUGCUGCGUGUGGGAAGCAGCCUGACGGGGUUCGGAGAGGUGGUGCUGGAGGGUGGCCGGGUCGUCAGCCUGCGGGCCCCGCAGGACGGACGCAGCUACAUCCUGGUGCCCAGCGACUACAGGAGCUUCAUGGACAGACACGAGGCUUCGGCCAGCAUGUGGAAGACGCUGACGGCUAUGACCGGCCUCACCGGGGCUUCUCUGUUCGCCGCCGUCUUGUACAAAGCGUUCGGAAAACAGGACGACAGAUCCAGAUAGGCGCAGUGCUGCUGGUUUAAAGCUCUGCCUAAAGUUUCCACUCAAAAAAGAACAAAAAUCAAGACCAAAAAAACCCACUAUGCAUACUUUCUAUUCCUAAUAAUAUUGGAACGUUUUUUAAAAAUUUGCACAAGUGGACCGAUUUAAAGCUUUUGACCUAAUGACCUUUGGCCUUAAUGACAGUUAGUGCUAUGAUUAGUGGCUACCGAGGGUUAUAAUGCGAGUACCGUAUUUUCCGCACUUUAAGGCGCACCACAUUAUAAGGCGCACCUUCAAUGAAUGGCCUAUUUUAAAACUUUU